CAGGUGCAUGCAGAAUCCAUCUUUCACCGGGCAGGAGCCGCGCGAACAUCCUCUCACACACAGGCACGGGCACAGAAACAGAUGCACCAUGACGGCGACGCGUGCCGAGGAUCCUGUCUAUGAAUAGGAAAGAGUGACGUUAUUCAGCCAGCGAUUCCAUGAGGCGUGCAGUCAUGGUCGUGAGGGGGCUGUUCUUGUUGCUGCUGUUAGUCCAAUUUUCUGCUGAAGGUACAGCGAAAGAAGGCGGCAAACCCAAGAAAGGCAAGAAAGGCAAACAAGUCAUCUGUCCCUCCCAGCUGUCGGCAGAGGACCUGGAUCGCGUACCCGCCAACUCCACCAGCAACAUCCUUAACCGCCUGCUGGUGACCUAUGACUCCCGCAUCCGCCCCAACUUCCAAGGCAUUCCAGUGGAGGACAAGGUGAACAUUUUCAUCAACAGCUUCGGGUCAAUCCAGGAAACCACAAUGGAUUAUCGUGUAAACAUCUUCCUGCGGCAACGCUGGAACGACCCGCGUCUGCGUCUGCCGACUGACUUCAAGUCAGAUGCACUCACCGUGGACCCCAAGAUGUUCCAGUGUCUGUGGAAGCCCGACCUGUUCUUCGCCAAUGAGAAGAACGCCAACUUCCAUGACGUCACGCAGGAGAACAUCCUGCUGUUCAUCUUCCGCAAUGGCGAUGUGCUCAUCAGCAUGAGGUUGUCAGUCACCCUGUCUUGUCCUCUGGAUCUCACACUUUUUCCCAUGGACACACAACUGUGCAAGAUGCAACUGGAAAGCUAUGGCUACACCACAAAGGACCUGGUAUUCAUGUGGCAGUCAGGGGACCCUGUUCAGAUGGAUGAGAUCGCCCUGCCGCAGUUUGACGUCAAGCAGGAGGAUAUUGAAUAUGGCAACUGCACCAAAUUCUACCCUGGGACAGGGCAUUAUACAUGUGUGGAGGUGAUCUUCACCUUGAGAAGGCAGGUAGGCUUCUAUAUGAUGGGAGUCUAUGCCCCCACCCUCCUCAUCGUGGUCCUGUCCUGGCUCUCAUUCUGGAUCAACCCCGAUGCCAGUGCAGCUCGCGUUCCAUUAGGUAUUCUGUCUGUUUUGUCACUCACCUCUGAAUGUACAUCUUUGGCGUCUGAACUGCCGAAGGUUUCUUAUGUGAAGGCCAUCGAUAUCUGGAUGAUGACAUGUCUGUUCUUUGGCUUUGCUUCUCUUGUGGAGUAUGCUGUGGUUCAGGUUAUGCUCAACAGUCCCAAGCGCAUCGAGGCAGAGAAAGCAAAGAUGGCACAGAAGGACAAGGACAAGGAGAAAGAGGGCAAAGCUACAGCCAAAGGCACAGCGGCUAACGGCACCGGGGGCACGCCUGUUCACGUCAGUGCGCUGCAGGUAGUUGAAAAUCGCUGUAAGAAAGUGUGUACCUCCAAAUCAGACCUGCGCUCCAAUGACUUUAGCAUCGUGGGCUCCCUGCCUCGAGACUUCGAGCUCUCUAACUUCGAUUGCUACGGCAAGCCCAUCGAGGUGGCCGACGCACUUGGCAAGGCGCCCAGCAAGAACGACAAGAAGCCACCACCCCCCAAGCCUGUCAUCCCGGCUGCCGCCAAGCGCAUCGACCUCUACGCCCGCGCCCUCUUCCCCUUCUCCUUCCUCUUCUUCAACGUCAUCUACUGGUCUGUUUACCUCUGAGGGCCCCGGAGUGCACAGGUGCGUGUAGGUGUGUGUUUGUGAGCAUGCAUAACUGCAAGGAAAUGUUUCAAGCAUGUAGGAAGUAUAAAAGACUCAGUCUUUCCCGUUGGAGGAUAGUUGGACCCGAAAAUGGAAGCUAAAGACUAAUGUUCUAGUCAUUAACCAUGUCUUAGUGUCGUUUGCCAUAUUGUGUGUAGCUGCUUGGUUUUCGGGGCUUCAAAGACUGUAAGGUGUUGUCAUGGUGUCCAUAAAAAAUGCAAACAUCUUUUAGCUUUUUUUGUUUUUGACAGCAUGACUUUGCAGAAAAAGUUGUGUGCAAAAGUGCUAUCUGGCUAAAAACUCUGUAUCAGGACCACCCACAUCUUUGUGUAUGUGUGUGUGUACAUCUCUUGAAGUACGCCAUGGAGGAAGAGCUCUUUAUAGCACAUGAACAUGUGCUAACUCCCAUUCAUUCUCCACACGCCAGAAGGAUGGUACCCCAUAUACUAAAAAGCAGACUGCUUUUUUUCCCCCAGGGGUUUAUUAAUUCUGGCCGGGGAACAGUCAAUCAGAUAUUGCAUCUGUACGUACUCAGAAGACUGAUGCAGAAGGACUGUCUCAUACCAGUGUGUAGAAAUAUCAGUUUGGAACCAGAACUGCAAUUUCGGACUUACAAUAAAGACACUCAUUCAUUA